CUUUCAUGAAUUGCGACGGUAAAAAGUGAAUCACGAGAAUACUCUCUGUUGUGUUAUUGCUGAAGUUUAUUUAAUGAUUUGAAGGAUAAAUAAGUGUUGUCAGUAGAUAAUCGAUUGCUUUGGGUCUUAAUUAUGAGACUGACUGCUAUUUUGUUGCAUUGGAAGAAGAAGCCGCCUCCAGGACAUGUUUGGAGAGGAAAGCAUCGCAAAGUGAAGGAUCCCUCGUUGUACGAUCUCGUGACUCUUCGUCAUGACUUUGAACGAGAGGAGCGUAACAUGCUGCUCCUCCGUCACCCCUACCUCACAGUGGAACAGAGCCACGCUCACAUGAAGGACCUCAAACUCCCCCUGGACUACCGUACCAUCAAUCAAAAUGAGAGGAACAGAAGAUUUGAUAGGCAUUUCACUUGGCAGGAUCAGUUGGUUCACCUCAGAACCACUGAUGCCUGGGAUUAAUUAAUUAUUGGGUAUUGGGCUUAUGUCGAGGUGAAUUAACAGAAUAAAACGAUUGUAUUAUACUCAUCAAACAA